AUGGCUACACACUCAACCUCCUGGACAACAGUUCAGGAUUUUCUUCAGAACAGUGAUCAACAAGCUAUCGCUUGUUUCAAACAAGUCAAUUGGGAUCAGCUGUGUCGAAUAGCCUCUGAUGCCAACCGCGGCUUAGAAUGUGUAACCCUGGACCAGAUAACGAGCGGACUCAACAACGUCGUCCGUCAACUUCAGUUCUCCGAUAAAACUUGUUGGGCAGCCCGAAUUCCCAUCAUACGAAGCGAAUCCUCAUAUUCCCACGGAAAAAAUCUGAAAAAUGAAAUUGCAACAAUGCAGUUCAUUCAAGAGAAUUCCAGCUUACGGGUACCACGAGUCUUCGCCCACAACACAGACAUGAAUAAUGUUGUAAAUGAUGUGUUCAUGCUGAUUGAGAUACUCCCCGGUAUUGUUGCUAUGGAUGCUCUCGGCGGUCACAAAGUACAUGGUGGUGUGAUACCUGUAGAGUACCGAAAAACUUUCUAUCGAUCUGUCGCUGAGUGUCAUGUCCAGAUGACGUCAUUGCGACUCCCAAAAAUUGGAGCUAUUACACGAAGGGAGGACGGCGGGUACGACUCGGGCCCUAUUCCGGGGAUCGGCGGUCCGUUCGAUACAGCGGCGGCCUUUUUUGAGGCAUGGGCCGACAAGGCCAAGUUCAAGCUCGACAAGGAAACAAUUACCCAAAUGAUGCAGAGAGGCCCAAUUUCGGCGGAAGAGAUGGUCAGAAUCACCGACGAAUUCCCUCCGCAGAUCAAAAGCAUGGCCAACCUACUUCCUUUCCGCAACGAGGGACCAUUUCCUCUGUGCCACGAUGAUUUCCUUCACAGCAACAUCAUGGUCGACGAAGCCAGCUUUAACGUGACAGGAAUCAUUGAUUGGGAGGGGGCAUGCACGGUCCCUUGGGGACUCGUCACAUACCCCGAGUUCAUUCAAGUCAUGCCUCGGGCGUUUGACUUACCCCAACAUUACGACCAAGAUGGGUACCCCCUGAAGGAAAGCGUGAGAGAAAAAUGGUGCGAGCAGCGAGACUAUGUUGAGAUGGUGAAGUCAGUGGAGGGUGAAGAUAACCUGCUCUCAACCUCUCUCAGUAACAACUUGAACCAGGCUUUAGCCUACUCGUAUGGAGCGUUUACUACUGGAAAACUGGGGUUCUAUGACAGAGUCGUAACAGAGUUGAAAAAGGGCACUGAAGUUUAG